AUUAAAUGGUCGCCACAUAUCCUAAUACAUGUGAACUCCGAAGUGAACACAACAGACAGACAUCCAAUAUCGUGCGAAUCCAAACCAUGUGUGUAAAAUAAAACAAAACUUGUUCAUUGCAGCAGAUCUGCCACACAAAGCGAAGUGGGUUUUUUUGUUGUUGCACAGAAUGGAAAUAACUGCUCAGCAUCACUUGUCUAUUUCCCAUACAAAGCUUCCAAGGCCUUCUUCUUCUUCAAGUUUCAGAGCUUCUGCUGCCUCUCUUCUUGCUUCUACUACUUCACUACCUUUUCAGUGCUCCAACAACAUUCUCCAAGGCCAAGGUGUACUUAGGAUCAAAGGGAAGCAGCUAAGAAGUACAUUCGGCCCCAUCUAUGCCUCCUCCUCUAAGGCUCAAAGUCCUCCUCCACCUCAAAAAUGGCUUCUGGAACCUGUUGGUGAUGGAGAUACAAGGCAUAUAGGUUUCAAGGUUCCAAUGCCAAGUGCGUUUGAAAUUUCUGCUGAUGAGGUGACUGUUGGCCGUCUUCCAGAGGAAGCUGACAUGGUGAUUCCAGUUGCAACAGUAUCUGGUGUUCAUGCUCGCAUUCAAAAGAAAGAAGGGAAGCUCUUGGUAACAGAUUUGGACAGCACAAAUGGGACCUUCAUUGAUGACAAACGGUUGAGUGCAGGAGUUGUUGCCACUGUGCCACCUGGUUCUUGUCUUACAUUCGGUGAUGAACACUUAGCUGUGUUUCGUGUCUCAAAAUUGGAGAAUGUGGAAGCUGCAAGCAACCCAGAUCCUUCUGAAGAUAAAAUAGAGGCUGAUAUCCCAAAUGAAAAUGCGAAGACAAGUUGAAAUACAGGAUAUCUUUGUAACUUGUAAGUGAACAAAUUAAUGCAAAUUUCUGAAUGGGAAAUUAAGAUAGCUCCACACCUUGGUUUGAAAAUAGAUCUCCAAAUAAUCUUAAGAAAGGCUUACUACAUUUUGAUCCACAAUGUAGAGUUAUAUAUUUUCUUUCCUUUCUAUUGAAUUUGAUUCUCUUUUGUAAGCAGUUUAAGCUUCGAGAGUAGCCUACGUUACAGAUGAUGCAUCGAUAUCAAACGAGAUUUAAUUAUGUGUAUAUUGUUGGGGUUGAAAGGUUUUAAAACCUUGCAAAACACUCAUUGUUGC